UGGCCAGAAACUUUGCCGAAGGAACUAGUCCACAAAUAGCUCAGUCAUUUGAUCAAGAAGCAGCUGCAGUUCUUAUGGCACGUAUAGCUGUAUUCAAAGCUGAAAUUGAUGACGGUCCGGACGUAUUGCGAUGGUUGGAUCGUAUGCUUAUCCGAUUAUGUCAGAAAUUUGCUGAUUACAGAAAAGACGACCCAUCUUCAUUCCGACUUGCUGAAAACUUUUCAAUAUAUCCACAAUUCAUGUUUCAUCUCCGAAGAAGUCAGUUCUUGCAAGUUUUUAACAACAGUCCUGAUGAAACUGCUUUUUACCGACAUGUUCUAAAUCGGGAAGAUGUUAACAACUCUCUCAUUAUGAUUCAGCCUACUUUAAUGUCAUAUGGUUUUGAUUCCCCUCCACAACCAGUUCUUUUGGAUUCAAUUUCUAUAAAACCUGAUGUAAUUUUGUUACUCGACACAUUUUUCCACAUUCUUAUCUUUCAUGGUGAAACAAUUGCACAAUGGAGAAAGGCUGGAUACCAGGAUCAAGAAGGUUAUGAGAAUUUCAAAGAAUUGUUAGAGGCACCAAAGGCAGAUUCCGAGGAACUUUUGGCGGAUAGAUUCCCCAUUCCUCGUUAUAUUGUUUGUGACCAACACGGCUCUCAAGCUCGUUUCCUACUUUCCAAACUAAAUCCUUCUACUACACAUGUCUCUGGGAGCAUGUAUGGCACACCACAGGGUCAAGCUAUUUUUACAGAUGAUGUUAGUCUGCAAGUAUUCAUGGAGCAUUUGAAGAAGUUGGCUGUGAGUGGAUCUUCCUAA